UGAGACGCUUCACUUCCGGGGUAAUGUUAUGAGUGUGUACCGUCUACGCUGAAGAACAUCCAAACCAGGGGUAUGGGGCCAGAUGGAGCCCCUGGACCAGCUGUGCCCUGGCGGAAAGUGCUGUGGGAACGCCAGCCUUUUCCUGAUAACUACGUAGACCAGCGGUUCCUGGAGGAACUUCGGAGGAAUGAGGGUAUCCGGCAGUACCGCUACUGGACUGUGGUGAAGGAAGCAGGCUUUGUGGGCCAGCAGUUGUCCUGUGUGGCCAUUUUUAUCACCCUCUGGCUCUACAUGGAGCAGGGUCUGCUGCCCCCUGAAACACUGCUGUGGACCAGCCUCAUCUGUGCAUUGGUGGGUUACGGGCUCCACCAGCUGUUGUCCACCCAUGUUGAGUCGUGCAGCGAGCCUCGGACGCACCUGGCCGAUUUACAGAGUGCCACGAUUUUCCUCUCCUUCACUUUUGGCUUCUCACCAGUUCUAAAGACGCUCACAGAGUCAGUGAGCACCGACACUGUUUACGCCAUGUCUGCCGUGAUGCUGCUGGCGCAUCUGGUGUCGUUUCCUUACGCCCAGCCCUCACCUCCAGGCAGUCUGUCCCUAAACGCUGCCCUCUUUGCUUCUGUGUGCUUGGCCUCCAGGUUGCCGGGCACUCUGCACACCUUUGCCAUGCUCAGCUGUGCCCUGCUCGUCUUUGCCCUGUGGCCCUGCCUACUGCAGAGGCUGAGGGAAAAUGCCCCGAGCCAGUUCACCGGGGUGUGUGUGGGAGUAUGUCUCGGAGGAGUGGGAGGUCUGGGGUCCCAGUGGCUCGGUGGAGCCGUGCUCUUAGCUCUGGCUUUGGGGAGUGUGACAUUGCUCUGUCCUUUGCUGCUUGUUAGACUGCAGCGGCACAAGGACAACAUCCAAGGACCCUGGGAUGAAGCAGAGAUUCAUGAGGAUCUCAGUCGCUUCCUUCACUAACACAGUGAAGACAAACACCACUUUAAAAAAAAAAAUAAUGCUGACAUUAAUUCCAUGAGCCAACAGAGAGCUUCAACUGUGUCAAUGUGCUGCCAGACUGCAGUUUUAUUGGUGUUGUACAUCUCAACUCAGUUAUUUUAAUGCACAUCUGUGUGGACAGCCAUAACUGUUGGCAUUCUCUUGCAGUGAACAGGAAAAUGUUUUUUAAAGUUGAUGCUGCUAACAGUUUUCCAUGUUUUGACCUCAGAGUUUGUACAGUUGGUAUUAAACUUGUUUGCAAUGCUGAAUAAGAAUACUGGAGACACUAUGAGGCAGGACACCUUUGGUGUCAAUUAUGUUACGAACAUUUGUGGGUAUUGGUUGUAGGUGUUGAAUAAAUGAAUGAAUAUAUUUGUCUUAACAUAAUGGCUUGAAUAUAAAGAAGGGCUCUAAACCUCAUCACAAAUGAAAAUUUCUGUCCUUUUAAAAAUCCCAGGGGGUAUUUAAUUAUCAAGUUGCAAUGUUUCCUCAGUGUUAUUACUAGUAUAAAAUACUAACACAGGACCUUUUGUUUUUUUUGUUUUUUACAACAAAAGCUUAAUAUAAGUAAAGUCAGUGCAACUCUAAAAUGUAUGCAUUUUAAAGCUUUGUCUCUCUUUGGGAGAUACAUUUUUUUUAUUUACCUAAUUAACAACUUUAAUAAAGAACGUUUAUGUUAUUUAAUUCGUACUGUAAUAAAAGUGAUCACAGUUCCUGAAGUGUAUUCAGUUGCAAUUGAAAGUGCUGUUGUCAAGAAGUGAACAGCACUCCUUUUGAAAACUUUUGUUAGUUUUACUUUUCAAUUGAAAUUAACUGCGUUGUCUAUUUGAUUCUGUUUUCAUGUACAUUUGUUCGAUACGCAUAUCUCAGACAAUAUAUUCAGAAAUUAAACUGUUUUGUAAAAAGCUGGAAAAAAUAUUCUCUCUGUUCAAAGAAUUAAUUUUUUUUCAGUGAAUCAAGUAAAUUAAGACAAGUUUAGAGAUAAAGAUUGAAUAAAUUUACAUACGGUACUUAAAGAUACUCAAAAUACCCCAAAUAUUACUGAAUAACAGCAAUGUGACUUGUAAUAGAUUUCUACCACUCCCAGUAAUGUCACACAGAAGAUGCUGGACUGUGUAGCCUGACCAGCCUCAUAACAUCUGCUGCAGUGCUGCUCUGCAGGCAGUCAGACGACUGGACAAACCGUCCAGAAAAUGACAGAAAUGAAUUAAACUUCUUGAUCCCACUGAUGCCGCCAUCUGUCUAGCACUGUGAAGGACACUGAAAUCACUGCAUAUUCUUGAAUUCUGUGACAUUAAAUUGUAUUUGAAAAAGAUCAACUUUACAGAAACGUGUUGUCUCUCUUUCAAAACGAAACGAGAUGCUGUCAAGUGUGCACCAUCCUUUCUUCUUGUCUCAGGAGGAGUCGGGAAACUCCUUAUUUGCCCCAAGGUGUGGAUGCAGCUCCAAGUACUGGCCGCUAGGUGUCGUGCCUGCAUCUCCUCUCUUGGUGCUCUGGGCAGGCAGGGGCUCUCCCUGUGCAGGAGCCAUCCGCUACUACUACUGUGCUAUGGAGUUUGUGCAUGGAUGGAAAUAACGAAUUAAAAAAAAAAACACCCACCACUUGAAACCAUCAGCUGUUUAAGUGGUAUUGCUGGGUGUCCUUAUGAAUCUUAAUGCAUAUACAUUUGCUCACACUUAAUUAGAAUUCAAACUAAUUUGGACUUCAUAAUUUCUGAUAUCUUCAGAGAUCAAGAGUUUGGAGCAAACAAACUCUAAACCUUUACAC